UUCAAAAUGGCGGCUCCGGGAGCAUACUUUUUGAGACCAGGUUUCGGGCGUUUUUCUUUAAGAAGCUACCCUUUAUCGGUCAGGGAUAGCGUGAAAAUAACAAAUUUUAUCAAUAGAAAGAACUUCUGCUCAGUUCAACCAAAACCAAGGAUUUCAAGGAUCUUCAGUGCAGUUUGUGUUCAACGUUUGCCACAGAUCACAAAAGAGAAAUCAGAACUGGAAAAACGGUAUGAGGAACUUCAAGAUCAACUGGAACUUGAGCACAGUGCACUGUCAGAGGAUGAAGUUGAGUGGGAAGGAAUUCAAGAACGGAAGAAAAACUUGAAGGAUGAUGACGAUGAUGAAAGUAUGGCAAUAGGAAUGAUGGAGUCGAAAAGAAAGCAAUUUGAAGAGGAGCAAGAAGAGGAAUUAAGACUUUAUCAGCCAGGGAGCCGAGAGACAGAAGCAGACAAAAUAACUGACCUUAAAUCAUUGCAUCGCAAACUGCAAGACAACUUAAUUUUGUUAGUAAGACGCCAAAAGGAUUCAGUGACAUGGCAGCUGCCAUUUGGUGAAGUGACAAACACCAAUGACACUCUUCAACAGGUAGCAUCAAAAAGUUUAAGUGACACUUGUGGCACUGAUUUAAAAGUUCAUUUUCUUAGCAAUGCACCAACUGCUGUGAUGAAAAAGUACAAAAACAAAAAUGACAAGGUAUUUUUCUACAAAGUGAACUAUGUAACAGGUUGUGUCAGACUACAUGAAGGAUACUUUGAUCACAUCUGGGUGACAAGGAAGGAAAUGAAAGACUUUGUUGAUGCAGAAUAUUUCAAGACAAUAAAACGGUUUAUAUUUUAAAUGUUAGUGCAAAAACAAACCAAGGAUUAGAUUGAUUAAAUACAAUGUCCCCUCAUUUUCUUAAUUAUUACAUGGUUAUCUUUGAGUUGAAGACAAAGUAAAGUUUGCACUUGAGCCUAUUGGUCCACCCAGCCAGAGCUUAUUCCAGUUUUGAAAAUUCACCCAUACCCAUAUAUAUUCCUGGAGUAUUAUUACUGGAUAGGACACUAG